AUGAGUUUGCUUCGCCGGUUCAAGGCAACUGACCUAUUCGAAUUCAACAAUGUCAACCUCGAUGUCUUGACCGAGACAUACAACAUUUCCUUUUAUCUACAGUACCUUGCUCAGUGGCCUGAUCUCUUUUGCGUCCAAAUGUCGACCCACGAUCGCCUUAUGGGAUAUGUGAUGGGCAAGGCUGAAGGCACAGGCAAAAACUGGCAUGGACACGUUACAGCUAUUACCGUGGCACCCGAAUAUCGACGUCUAGGCUUAGCAGAUGGCAUGAUGAAUUUGUUGGAAGAUGUAUCCGAAAAGACGUACAAUGGAUGGUUUGUGGAUCUAUACGUGCGUGUAUCCAAUGCUGUGGCGGUGGGAAUGUAUCGUAAAUUUGGAUACUCUGUAUACCAGCGUGUCAAGAACUAUUACACGGGAGCAACAAAUGAGGAUGCUUAUGACAUGCGGAAACCGUUACCCAGAGACACGAAGCGAGAAACAGUACGUGACAAUGGUGAAAAGGUGCUGGUGCAUCCCGAGGAACUCGAGCCAUGGCGUUAG